GAAUCAUAACAUUGCAUUUUUGCUGGCCCGUUUCGACCCGCACUUAUUUAAAAUAUUUUUGUCAAGAACUAGUUAUUUUAAUAAAUUUGAAUCCGUAAAAAAAACACUAAUUCCCCCUGAAAAAUUAAACUUGUAACCUAAAGAAAUUGUUUAUCAACAAGGCAUGAUUUAUUCUUUAUUUAUUUUAUUGAUCUUGUGUUCCUUGCAGAACUUAUACACGUCAGCUGAUGCUAUAGAUAAAACGGAUUCCAAUGGGCAAGAAUUAUUAUUAUGCCGCAAAUGCGGCGCCGACGUGGCCGACUCGUCUUACCUAUUUAGUGUAUCGAGUCCUGGAGCAGAGAAAGUAGAGAAGCAGCAUCUGUUUGGUAGAAAGAAUAUCACUGUGCAGACAUUAAUUAAUCCUUUUGGUAUCACCUUUGACAUUGUUACAGCUGAAAAGGCAAGAUGCGAAAACGUAGGACCUCCACAAAGAGCGGAUUCCUGGUUCCCUGAAUAUACAUGGCGAAUAUGCUCAUGUCCACAUUGCGGACACCAUCUUGGAUGGACAUUUGAAAGUGUCCCUGACAAAGGAGCCAAUAACGACCAACCCAAAUCCUUUCAUGGUAUAAUUCUAGGCAAUGUGCUUGGAGAAAAUUCUCCUGAGACUCGACUUAAAAAAGCAAAAGCAAAAGAUGUGAAAGAUGGGGAUCGUCACGGACUCCCUGAUAAUGAUGCCGAUGACUUACCAAAUGUGAAGAUGAAUAUGGUUUAAAGGAUAUUAAUUGUAAUGAAUGAAAUAGUUCAAGUUUGAAUUUAAUUAGAAGCAAUCAUCCAAAAACAACAACAAUUUCCUUGGGUAUGUCGCUUAGUGUGGUGGUCAAAUAAAAAUAAUGCACUGCAAUAAUUAUUGUUAGUAAUCAAGGUAUGUUUUAUUAUGAAAUAACUGUUAUUUUGCAAUCAUUGCCCUUGAAAAUAUUUGUAAAUCAAAGAUUGUGAAAAUUAUGUCAAAAAUAAAGUGCCUUAUCUAAAAAGUAAUUAAAACGUUCACAAGAAAAACCAAUCAAAGUAGGUAUUUAUGAAUUUUACGCUUGUUGCCAAAGAAAAUUAAAUUUGUUUUAUGAUCACCGGAAACAAUAUUGU